GGGAAGAGGAGGUGGAGGAAAGCCAGGUAACUUCCACCCCAGCUAUCGAGAGGGCGACGUGUUACAACACCCCGCUGGGAUGCUGCUCUGAUGGCAAGACUGCGGCUGCUGAUGCGGAAGGCAGCAACUGUCCAGCCACCAAGGUCUUCCAGGGAGUCCUCAUCUUGGAGGAGGUGGAAGGCCAGGAGCUGUUCUACACGCCUGAGAUGGCUGACCCCAAGUCGGAGCUCUUUGGAGAGACGGCCAGGAGCAUUGAGAGCGCGCUGGAUGAACUUUUCCGCAAUUCUGACGUCAAGAAGGAUUUCAAAAGCAUCCGUGUCCGAGACCUGGGACAGAGCAGCGCUGUCCGUGUCAUCGUGGAGUCCCACUUUGACCCAGCCACUUCCUACACGGCAGCUGAUGUCCAAGGGGCCCUGCUGAAGCAGAUCAAAGCUUCCAAGAAGAAGACUAUUCUGGUGAAGAAGCCCCAGCAGGAGCAUGUCAAAUUCAUGGACUUUGACUGGAUCCCCAGGCUCUUCACAACCACUGUCACCACCACCACGGCCACCACCAUGGCACCCGCCACCACCCGGAGGUACACCACAGCUGCCGCUGCCACCACAGCCCACGUGCUACGCCCAGACGCCGCAGGUCGGCCCAGCCCCAAGACGGGGAGGAGCCCCACCUCCACCCCCCCUGCCACCACCCGCCGGAAACCCACGCGCCAGCCCCCUGCCACCAAGAAGGCCUUGCGGCCCUGCGACUCUCACCCCUGCCUGCACGGCGGCACCUGCGAGGACGAUGGGAAGGAGUUCACCUGCAGCUGCCCGGCUGGCAAAGGAGGAGCUGUCUGCGAGAAAACUAUCAGGUACUUCAUCCCCAGCUUUGGUGGCAAGUCCUACCUGGCCUUCAAGAUGAUGAAGGCGUACCACACCGUGCGCAUCGCCAUGGAGUUCAGGACCGUGGAGCUCAGCGGGCUGCUGCUCUACAACGGGCAGAACCGUGGCAAAGACUUCAUUUCCCUGGCGCUGGUUGGCGGCUUUGUGGAGCUCCGGUUUAACACCGGCUCUGGCACGGGCAUCAUCACCAGCAAGGUGCGCCUUGAGCCUGGCAAGUGGCACCAGCUGGUGGUGAACCGCAACCGCCGCAGCGGCAUGCUCUCCGUGGAUGGGGAGCCCCACGUCAGCGGGGAGAGCCCGACGGGCACCGACGGGCUCAACCUCGACACGGACCUGUUCAUCGGGGGAGCGCCAGAGGAUCAAAUGGCUGUGGUGGCCGAUCGUACCGCGGCUACAACUGGGCUGAAGGGCUGCAUCCGCCUCCUGGAUGUGAACAACCAGAUGUAUGACCUGCGGGAGAAAGGCAGUGACGUGCUGUAUGGCAGCGGGGUGGGCGAGUGUGGCAACGACCCCUGUCACCCCAACCCCUGUCACCAUGGUGGCAUCUGCCAUGUCAAGGAGGCAGAGAUGUUCCACUGCGAGUGUCUCUACAGCUACACUGGCCCAACGUGUGCCGACGAGAGGAACCCCUGCGACCCUACGCCCUGCCACGUCUCUGCCACCUGCUUGGUGCUGCCAGAGGGAGGUGCCUUGUGCGCCUGUCCCAUGGGCCGGGAAGGAGACUUCUGCGAGCUAGUCACAGAGCAGGACCACACCAUGCCCUUCCUCCCGGAGUUCAAUGGCUUCUCCUACCUGGAGCUGAAUGGGCUGCAGACCUUCGUUCCUGACCUGGACAAAAUGUCCAUGGAAGUUGUGUUCCUGGCCAAGAACCCCAGCGGCAUGAUCUUCUACAACGGCCAGAAGACAGAUGGCAAAGGAGACUUUGUCUCUCUGGCCUUACACGAUGGCUACCUGGAGUACCGAUAUGACCUGGGCAAAGGGGCAGCUGUGCUCAGGAGCAAAGAGCCCGUUCCCCUCAACACCUGGAUAAGCGUCUUGUUGGAGAGGAAUGGGCGCAAGGGGGUAAUGAGGAUCAACAACGGCGAGAGGGUGAUGGGAGAGUCACCGAAAUCCCGUAAGGUACCUCACACCUUCCUGAACCUGAAGGAGCCAUUUUACGUGGGGGGAGCCCCCGAUUUCAGCAAGCUGGCUCGAGCAGCUGCCAUCUCCACCAGCUUCGAUGGAGCUGUGCAGAGGAUCUCCGUCAAGGGGGUGCCUGUGCUGAAGGAGCAGAACAUCCGCAGCGCCAUUGAGAUCUCCCCCUUCCGAGGACACCCUUGUACCCAGAAACCUAAUCCCUGCCAGAACGGAGGCACUUGCAGUCCCCGGCUAGAGAGCUACGAGUGUGCCUGCCAGAGGGGCUUCUCCGGAGCUCACUGCGAGAAAGUGAUCAUUGAGAAGGCUGCUGGAGAUGCAGAGGCCAUUGCUUUUGAUGGUAGGACAUAUAUGGAGUACCACAAUGCCGUGACAAAGAGCCACCUGACCAAUGAGAUCCCCGCUCCCGAAGCGCUGGACUAUCCGGAGCCCAGUGAGAAGGCCUUGCAAUCGAACCACUUUGAACUUAGCAUCAAAACAGAAGCCACUCAGGGGCUCAUCCUGUGGAGUGGGAAAGGGCUGGAGCGAUCCGACUACAUUGCCCUCGCCAUAGUGGAUGGCUUCAUACAAAUGACCUACGACCUCGGCUCCAAGCCAGUCGUCCUACGAUCCACGGUCCCAGUCAACACCAACCAGUGGAUCCAUAUCAAAGCAUACAGGGUACAGAGAGAAGGUUCCCUUCAAGUUGGCAACGAAGCCCCCAUUGCUGGCUCUUCUCCGCUCGGUGCAACACAGCUCGAUACAGACGGGGCCCUGUGGCUGGGGGGAAUGGAGAAGCUGAGCGUGGCUCACAAGCUGCCCAAGGCCUACAGCACUGGCUUUAUUGGCUGCAUAAGGGACGUGAUUGUUGACCGCCAAGAACUGCAUCUGGUGGAGGACGCUUUAAACAACCCCACGAUAUUACACUGCUCAGCCAAAUAGACCCCCAGGGACCCUCCCUUCUCCUUCCCUCCCUCCUGCCUAUUGCUGUAAUUAUUUUCUAUUUUUGUAAACUUAUUGCUUUUUAUAUUUUUGGGGGGGAGGGGGGAAAGGGAGGGGAGGAAACACCUUUUCUUUUGGGUUAUUUGUUUGGUUGCAGUCUAUCCAGGUCAGUCAGACUCUAAUCAAACCGCAGCAACAAAGAACAAACCUUGAACCAAGUCUCCAAGAAGUGACAGAAGAAUUUCCCCAUCGCACCUGCAUUGUAAAUUCUUAUUCAUACUUGAAGCUUCUUUUUUGGGUUAUUUUUUUCCCCCUCCUUGCUUGUGUUCUCGGGUUGUUGUUCACGCCUGCGGGGGAAAGGAUGCUGGUGCUGGCGAG